UUCCUCUUCAAAUUCUCCUCUUCCUAGAACAGAAAUGACUGGUUCUCAUUGUUCCAAUUCAUCUUUACCUCAUCCCAUAAACCGAGAAUUUUCUCUUUCAACAACACAGAAAAAUAAUAAGGAAAAAUCAAAUAAUUCCGUAAAUAAAGAAAUUGAAGAUGAUGAAGGUAUUCGUUCACUACCUGUUUUUUCAUAUAAUUCCAUCACAAAGUUAGCCGAUUCAAACAAAUCAUCGCCGGAAUCGUCUGAAGAAAAAUUCCCUAAUCAAAAGCAGCACUCUUCUCAUUUCCAUUCUUCUUCUACUUCCUCUCCAUCUUCCCCUCCUCCACCUCUACCACAAUUAUCAGAAGGAUUUUCUUUAAAUAAUAAUUUUAAAGUACUUCAACAAAACCCCAAAUAUUUUACUUUACCUCCUCCACCUCCUCCACCUCCCCCAUUCUCGUCUUUUCCUUCGCCUUCUCCUUCUUGUUCAUCUGGUUCAACUCCUCAUUCUCGCUUUCAUUCAAUGGAAGGGAAAGGAAAUAAUAUUAUUAAUAAUGAUAAAAUAAAUAAUAAUAAUUCUAUCAGUCAACAACAAUUAAAUGACAAACAAAAUGAAAUUAAUAACAAUUUAAAUAAAUCUAAUAAUAAUAAUGAUGAUAUAGAUGAGAUGCUGACAGCUUUUCAGCGAAAUUCAUUUUUUCAAUCAAAUAUUGAAAAUAAUUCCUCCUCCCCUCCUCCUCCUGCUACAAUUAAAAACGAUUUAAUUACAAAUUCUAAAAAUUCUUCGAAAGAAUUAAUUGAUUCUAAUCAACAUAAAAUAAUUAAUUGGCUUAAAAUAGAAGUGGAAUUGGAGGAGGAAUUAGCUGCUAGAAUUGGACAUUUAUUAAUUAAUAAUGGAUUUGAUUGUUUUGAAUUUUUGAAAGGCUCUUUAAAUACGAAAUUUAUGACUGAACUUGGAAUUGAAAGAAAAUCUCAAUUACGCAUAUGUCGGUGUUUGGAUGAACCUUCAACACAAAUUUGUAUUCCAAAUGCCUUAAUGUUUGACUCAAUCUCUGAUUGGCUAAAGGCUCUUAAUUUGUCUGAAUUAUUUUCUAAAUUCUCAAAAGAAAAUAUUACCUCAAUUAAAGAAUUAAUUAAUUUUAAAUUAAAUAGAAAUAAUUUGGAGAAAUUAGGUGUAACAAAAUUGGGGCAUAUUGCAAGAAUAAUUAGAUCAGUUGACAUGGCUACUACCUCGAAUGCCGAUGUUACCAAGGAAGGAGUUAACAACACUACUAAUUCAAGUUCAACAUCAUUAUUACCUUCUGAUAAUAAAUUAAAUAAUAAUUUAUUAGAAUUAAAUGCCACCACUUCAUUAAGUACUAUAUCUUCGAGUACUACUAACAAUUCAAUUAAUUCCUCUCGAGGAAUUUCUCUUUCCCCUUCAAAAGGAUUGGAUUUAACAGCCCUUAGAGUUAAAUUAAGGAAAGGUUGUGUCAGAUUUUCUGCUCAUUAUCUUGGAUCUAUUGAAAUUUCAAAUAUUUCUGACGGAAGUGAGGAAUGUAGGCAAACAAUGCAUUCAAUUAAGUCCAAAGCCAACCAAGUUUCUGGAGUACCUCAAGUUCUGUUAGAUAUUUCAAUCUCUGGUAUUAACAUUCUUGAUUGCCAAACACAAACAGCAAUUCAUCGCCAUUCAAUUAAUCAAAUACAAAUUGUUUGCCAAGACAAUUCAGAUUUAAAUUUCUUUUCAUAUAUUUUUAAAGAUGGGGAAGAACAAAAUAAUUAUUAUUGUCAUUGUUUUUGUGUUUUAACAUCUUCAAUAGCAAAAGAAAUAAUUACAACACUUGGAGAAGCAUUUAAUUUAGCUUAUAAAAUGGCUUUGCAACAAAAUAUCCCUACAGAUAUUUAA